UUCACGUCUCGGACUGAUGUCUUUGUCCAAACCUGAGCGCAGGGAGCGGAAGUGUCCCCGCUGCCGCUUCCACGGCAUCAUGGUCCCGCAGAGGAACCACACGAGGACGUGCCCGUUUCUCCAGUGCGACUGCUGGAGGUGUUUACAGGUCACUGCGAGUACACGGGUCAGGGCCCCCCAGCCGAGUAGACCCCAGGAUCAGGAGCAGCGACCCGGUGGCCCCGGCUCCGCGGCCCCGCCCGCAGAGGCGCCUCCCUCGGCCACAUCUCCCGGACCCGGGGCCUUGGACCUCCGCUGCAGAGCCGCCGGGGGAGAAGGGCGUGUGGCCCGGCUGGAGAGGAGCGAGGAGCCGCCCCUCACUUCCACCGCAGCUUUCAAUGCUCCGUUCUUUAACGAGAUGUUGGAGAUUCCACCCCAGUUCCUUCCCCUCCCAGUCCUGAUGCCAGUUUAUUACCCAGACACCUUUGCUCCGUAUCCGACCUUCUUCUGCACCCCCCUGUGGGUGACACCUGUGCCUGCUGCCUUUUUCAACAGUGGCCUCCUUGGACCAUGCCCCCAUCUCCCAGCUGCAGUUGAGGCCGGACUUCUGGCUGUGAGUGCUUGUUCCUCUUAACUCGGUACAGAUUGAAUAUUAAAACAUUCUUCAUGUCAUGUGAUAUCAUCAGUGUCGUCCUCCCGUUUCUUUUGAAUGUGUCAGUUCUGGAGACAGCUCCUCUUCAGCCCUUCACCUCCUCCACCUCCAAUGAACCCCUACCCUUCUCCACCUCCUGAGGCCCCC